AUGGCCGACACUCCCGAGCUUGAGCCUCACAAUGCCUUCGAUACUAUCCUGACCCUGGACUUUGGGUCUCAGUACACACAUCUGAUCACCCGCCGCCUCCGUGAGCUCAAUGUCUACUCGGAGAUGCUUCCUUGCACGCAGAAGCUGGCGGAUCUCAAGUUCAAGCCCGCUGGUGUUAUCUUAUCCGGAGGACCCUACUCGGUAUACGAGGAGGGUGCUCCUCACGUCGACCCCGCCUACUUUGACCUAGGCGUGCCUAUCCUCGGUAUCUGCUACGGCUUGCAAGAAAUUGCUUACCGUCUGGACAACACCAAUGUCAUUGCUGGCACUGCGAGGGAGUACGGCCUUGCGCAGCUCAAGGCCAAGAAGGUCAACGGCCAUGUCGACCGUCUCUUCGAUGGCCUGGAAGACGAAUUCAACGUCUGGAUGUCCCACGGCGACAAGCUGGGCAAGCUCCCCGAAGGCUUCCACACCAUUGCCACCACCCCCAACUCGGAGUACGCUGGCAUUGCCCACGAGACUAAGCCCGUCUAUGGUAUCCAGCUGCACCCCGAGGUGACCCACACCCAGAACGGUACGAAGCUCCUGAAGAACUUCGCCGUCAACAUCUGUGGCUGCAAACAGAACUGGACCAUGGCUCGGUUCGUCGACCAGGAGAUCGCCAGAAUCCGCAAGCUGGUUGGUCCCAAGGGCCAGGUUCUUGGCGCUGUCAGCGGUGGUGUCGACUCCACUGUUGCUGCUAAGCUGAUGAAGGAGGCCAUUGGUGACCGUUUCCAUGCGGUCCUCGUCGAUACCGGUUUCAUGCGCCUGAACGAGUGUGAGCAAGUGAAACAGACUCUUGCUGAGCAUCUCGGUAUCAACCUGAUCGUGGCCGAUGCUUCUAAGGUCUUCCUGGAGGGUCUGAAGGGAAUCAGCGACCCUGAGCAGAAGCGGAAGUUCAUUGGUAACAAGUUCAUCGAUGUCUUCGAGGAGGAGGCCAAGAAGAUCGAGGAUGCUGCCGCUCACUCCGAGACUGCCGGCAAGAUCGGAUUUUUCUUGCAGGGCACCCUUUACCCUGAUGUGAUUGAAAGUAUCUCCUUCAAGGGUCCCAGCGCCACCAUCAAGACCCACCACAACGUCGGUGGUCUCCCCAAGCGCAUGACUGAGGGACAGGGUCUGAAGCUGAUCGAGCCUCUCCGCGAGCUCUUCAAGGACGAGGUCCGCGACCUCGGAAGACAGCUUGGCAUCGCCCACGAGAUGGUCAUGAGACACCCCUUCCCUGGACCUGGUAUCGCCAUCCGUAUUCUGGGUGAGAUCACCCCGGAGCGCGUCGAGAUGGCCAGAAAGGCCGACCACAUCUUCAUCAGCAUGAUCCGGGAAGCCGGAUUGUAUGACAAGAUCGGCCAGGCCUUUGCCGCCUUGGACCCCAGCCGCGCCGUCGGUGUCAUGGGAGACAAGCGUGUGUACGAGAACAUUGUUCUCCUCCGUGCCGUCGAGACUACCGACUUCAUGACGUGUAUCGCCUUCCCAUUCGAGCACGAGUUCCUCACCCGUGUGUCGACCCGCAUCGUCAACGAGGUGUCCGGCGUGUGCCGUGUCGCCUACGACUACACCAGCAAGCCCCCAGGCACCAUUGAGUUGGAGUAA